AAAUCACUAACUCUUUCAAUCCCUAAUAUUUCAUCAAAUAUAGAACUAACUGUUUCGGCUAUUAGUAGUGCUAUCACCAAUGCUGCAAACACUGCUACAAAUACUGCCAGGGAUAUUGCUACAAUAGCUCCAGGUUUAUUAUCUCAGUUAUUAAGUGCUUUCGACAAAUUGGCUAAACAUAAUUUUGGUAUUAUAAAAUGCACCCAUGGUUAA